AUGCGUAUGCUGAUUUUGGAUCGUCUCCGACGAGCGAUUGGUGCACACGAUCUGCCUGGUCUUCGUGGAUUGCUCGAGGGUUUUAAUUAUUACGAUCACGGACGUGUAAAAGAGGUCGGAGCUGAUGUGGCAGCAGCCGAAUGGAUUGUUCGAUGUGAGGGGAAGGUGAGGUCAGUUGAUGGUGCCACAUUCAAAUUAUUCAUCAGUUCUUUCAUUCGUCAUGAAUAG